AAUAAAUUUAUUUCCAUAUAUACAUCAUUUUUGGCUUCACCACAAAAUAUUUGUUGCUUUCAUACUAACGGAAAUUAUGUGCACUUAAAGUAAGAUCUUCAAGUGAAGUAGUAUGAAUAAUGCAGUACUUUCUAAGCCAUUUGUUCCUAAAGCUGCAAUAACAAUUAAAUGUCGACAUAUUGAUGCUAAAACUGGAUUAGAUUGUUCAUAUGACAAAAAAGACUUAAAUAAUCAGUCGCAGAAUGAAAAUGAUGUAGACGGAUCUUCACUUGAAACUUCUAGUAACGAUUCCGGAGACAACAACUCAGACGACGAAGGGGACGACGACAACCUAAAAGGAAAGGGAGACGGUGAUUUUAAUUUCGACAAUUUAAAGGAUUUAAGAGAAUUUCGUAAAUCACAUAAUUUACAACAUUUAUUUCAUUUAAGUUUAUUUAGAAGCGGAGACUACACUUAUCCAACUGAACUUGGAUAUCACACAUUAUUUGCAUCUGUCAGGUAUAGAGCAUUUGAGAAGCCGAAAAUUGAUAAAGCUCUAUUCAAAAUGAGAAAUGUCCCUGAAGAAAACAAACAUAUAAAACACAGUGACCAUGAAGGUCAUAAAGAUGUGGUGGCAAAUAAUUAUUUUGAAAUUCCAAACUUACAGCAAGAGUUAAAGAAGAGAAAUAAAUUUAUUGACUCUAUGCCACGUACAAAACCACUACAAGUCGAAGGAAUACAAUUUCAAAACUUUUCAAUGCCUUACAAAACACCAAAUGAUCCACAGCAGGCCUUAGCAACACCACAGCAUUUACCUAUUAUAGAUAUUACCGAGAAACUAAAACGGGAGCUUUUACAUUGCAUGCAACAAAACCUUUUAAGCGGCUGUUGUACGGGAUGUUGUAAUGAACCGACCAGCUGUGGAUGCGAUCCAUGCUGUGGUUGCCCAUUGAAAUGUGGUUGUUGUGUUAAUAUCCCACGUGGUCCUUAUGGUCCAUGUGGUGCAUUUGGGUCAUGUGGACCAUGUGGACCAUGUGGACCAUGUGGUCCAUGUGGUCCUUGUGGGCCAUGUGGCCCAUGUGGUCCAUGUGAUCCAUGUGGUUCAUGUGGUCCAUGUGGUUUAUGUGGUCCAUGUGGUCCAUGUGGUCCAGGUGGCCCAUGUGGUCCAUGUGGUCCAUGUAGUCCAUGUGGUCCAUGUAGUCCAUGUGGUCCAUGUGAUUCAUGUGAUCCGUGUUGUUCAGGCAACGGUUGUUGUGGUCCAAGUCCAUGCGGCCCAAAUCCAUGUUGGAAACCUAUGUGUUGUGAUGCUUCAAGUGCAUUCCCAUGCUCCGUUCUAAAUAUUGAUUGCAGUUGUGGGUAUUUUAAUUGCUGUGCAGGACCCAGUUGUAAUGGCUUUCUGUAUUGCCAAACUUUCAACCGCUGAUCAGAGUCACCGAAAAUGAUCUAAUCGAGGGUCUUGUGAUAUUAAUAAUUGUUAUGUGGUAAUUAUCAAGCUUACGACUGCUGUAAAUGUGAUUCCUGCAUAGGGUAAGACCAUCAUUUCCUAUAUGCGCUAAACUAUCACUGUGGACGGUAUAUUGUCUAGUCUGAAAUGUGUGAACGAAAAUAUUAGGAAAAUAUAAAAAAUAAUAUUAAAAAAAUAUAUUAAAAAUGUGUGCCUGUGAUUGUUAAUUUAUGCGUCCAUGGGUUGUGAAUGAUCAAUAUCAAACACAAUACAGACUUGCACGAAGACUAUAACGAAGACUAUAACUAUAAAAUGGGUUUACUCAAUAAAGAUGGAGUAAGAACUUCAGUGUCAGAACCAGCAGUAUCGACAGGACAACAAAGUCAGAACACUAAAAUUGAGUUUCCACCCUACGAAGAAGAAAGUUUACCAACGACUACACCGCUGAAUAAACAAACGAAUAACAAUGAAGUGCUUAAACGAGAACUAAUUGACUUAUUGACGAAGACUAAUAAAAAAAAUCGUUGUUGUUCUAAGCAGCAAAAUUGUGUUCAACCACCGCCACCAGCACUAGUUGGUCAUGAGAGAGAAGGCUGUAUUUUAGAUGACAUUGUGCACUGCAUAGAUUCGACGCUCGAUCUGACUGAUUCUGAUGAAUGCUGUUGUUGUUGUUGUUGUUCUUGUUCUUGUUCUGAACAACAUAAAAACUCAGACACCAGUAUGAAGACAUUAUAUACCAGAACGAAACAUACUAAAACAAACGAGUGUCCGAUCCCUAUGUAUCCUGUCGUCAUGUGCUGUAUACCACAAGGGGCACAAAAUUAUAAAUGUGACCCAUGCUGUUCAUAUUCAAAAAUAUCACAUGCAAGGUUGUCAUUUUUAGAUCAUUGUAAAAUUACACCCGAUAUGUCUUGUUGUCUUGAGAAUAAGGAAGGAGGCUGCUGCUGUUGCCGCAAAAAGAAAAAAGAACCUCAAAACUGUCAAAUCAUUUUUCAACCUUGCAAUGACAAUAGAGCACAAAAUUACAAUUCAUACACAUUGCGAAACGUAACUUCUGACCCUAAAUAUAAAAAAAAUUCCGGACUGUGUUGUUGCGUUAGUUCCAGUUCCAGUUCCAGCUCCUGUUCUUGUUCAGAGAAUUCUGGAAAUGAAAGUAAUGGUGAAGAUAACGGUUCGUGAGUUUCUUACUGUUAAGGGAAGAGUGCAAAAAGUAUUGUAGAAUGCAUUGAGGCAAACGCGGGCUAAUAAACGAAUUAAAACGGUACAUUUUGGACAAUUGGAACCGAAACAGUUAGGUUGAGGAGUCAAAGGUUGUACAGAAUGUACUAAGUUUUAAAUUCUAAAAAAAUCAAUUUAGACAGUAUAUCAAAAUCGACCGUGCAAGAUCAACACAUAAACAUAGAUAGUAAAAUAAUAAAGUGAUUUAAAAUAA